GACAAUGGGGGCUGAGAAAAAAAGCGAUCGCGAGAAAAAAAAAUGCAACCUCCCAAAAAUAAAGAGCAAAGAUUGCACUGAGCAGCGAGCAGCAAUGCAGAAAUAGAUGGCAGUUUCGUGUCAGUGAGUUUGCAUUCCCUCUUCCUGGUCCAAGAAGUGGAGUGAUUAGAGCCCUGGAAGGGAAUUGCAUUAACUACAAGUGGAAGAGUCCCCCCUCUUUUGCUGGCUGCUGUUUGCACUGUACAUAUUGGGUGCACCUAGCCAUUCUCACUGGGUUUUUUUUCUCCCUCCCUUCUCUUUCCUGAAUUGAUUUUUGUAACAGUGUGACAGAAACAAAACAAAAAGGGGACAUUGGAUCUAUUGUUGUUUUUUAUGAUCAAAAACAAAACCCCACCACAAACAAACAAACACAAAACAAAACAAAAGGGUUUUGCUCAGCAGCAGCAUGGAUGUGUUGGCUAGUUAUAGUAUAUUCCAGGAACUACAGCUUGUCCACGACACCGGCUACUUCUCAGCGUUGCCAUCCUUGGAGGAAAACUGGCAGCAGACAUGCCUUGAAUUGGAACGUUAUCUUCAGACAGAGCCAAGGAAGAUCUCAGAGAACUUUGGCGAGGAUUUAGACUGUUUCCUUCACACCUCCUCUCCUUCAGGCUCAGAGGACAAUAUCCGACAGCUGGACCCUAUCCUGUUGCCAGUGGAGACGAGUACAUGCGACAAAAGCACCAACAUGGACCUUAUCCUCUCACGGGACAAGCUGCUGUCUGAGACGUGCCUCAGCUUGCAGCCCACCGGCUCUUCCAUAGAGGGUUACGCCGCCGUCAACCAGGCCCAACUCAAUGCUGUGACCUCAUUAACACCCCCUUCCUCUCCUGAGCUCAGCCGCCAUCUGGUAAAAACCCCACAAACUCUCUCCGCAGUGGAUGGCACGGUAACAUUGAAAUUGGUGGCCAAGAAGGCAUCACUCACCUCAGUCAAGGUGGGAGUGGCGGCGGUGGCAGCAGGAGGCACGAUAAAGAGUGGGCAGAAUGACAGCGAGCAAGGAGGGGCAGGGGCCGAGGCAUCCCCGGAAAACAAGAAGAGGGUUCAUCGCUGUCAGUUCAAUGGGUGCCGGAAGGUUUAUACAAAGAGCUCCCACUUAAAGGCUCAUCAGAGGACUCACACAGGUGAGAAGCCUUACAAGUGCUCGUGGGAAGGGUGCGAGUGGCGUUUUGCACGAAGCGAUGAGCUCACAAGGCAUUACAGGAAACACACAGGGGCAAAACCCUUUAAAUGCAACCAUUGUGACAGGUGUUUUUCCAGGUCUGACCAUCUUGCCCUCCACAUGAAGAGACACAUCUAAGUACCUAAAAUCAGUCAGCAUGGCAUAGAUGUCAGCUGAGCUAAAAGACAUGGCAUGAAGGGUGGAACUCAGUUAUAACCCACUGCCUUGCAGAAGAAGAGAACUUGAUCACAUGUAAACCUCUGUACACAGACCACACACUCACACUGUCAUGCACCCAACUAUACUUAAAUACAUACAUCUGUUCUUUAUGCCUUGCCCCAGCUGGAUGGAAGAAGGUGCAGGAGAGGAGAUGGGGUAGAGGUGAAGUCAGUAAGAUAGAACAAUUGCUUACAGUACUUCAUCACCCUCGGAUUUGUUUCCAGCUAUUGCCAGUAGAAAUCAAAGUAAAUGGAAGAGGCUUCUCUGCAGGUGGACAGCAAGAAGGAGGGGCUUAUUUAACUCGCUUCUCAAUGCAACUCCAUAGGAGAAUAUGUCGUCUUGAAGUUGCAUAUUUGUAGCACUAACUUUUCUUUUUAAAUAGAUGGGGGUGGGGAAAAAUAAUGACCUAGAAAACCAAAUCCCAGUUUGGUAGCCAAAAUUAACCUCUUGGUUCCUUUGUUCUUUGUCUGAGAAUUCCUAAUGCUCGACAUGUCAAACUUCUCACAGACACUUUGAUCUGUCUUGGUUUUGGUUCUUCCUAGAACUGAGCUAUUAAGAUCCUUUUACGUCAAUACCAAUGGCCUUAAUGGCAGUUGACUGUGGAGUGACACCUGUGACAUAAACAUCAUCUGUUUGGCCUGAGUUUAUGUAGACUUCACGGAGGACAAUAUUUUUGUUUGGGUAUUUUUGUGUUAACUUUUUUUGGCUAUUGCAUGCCCUAUGCACUGGUAGGGAUUAUGGAAGCUGCUGGCAUG